AUGGAAACCAAAAGCUUCAGAUGGUUAUUAGAAGUCUUAGCACAUGAGCAUGUCAAUUUGCCUGUAUUAGACACGUUUCUAGUGAGCAAAUCUCAAGUUUCUUCAUGAAUUAUCACUGAUAGUAAAGGAAAGCUUCACAAAAAACCUAUGGAUUCUGCCACUUAUACGCUAAGCACAAUAGAUCUUAUAAGCUCUGAAUAUUUUGAGGCGAUUAAAUUAAGACAAAGAGGAUCAGAUAUCGCAUAUGUUUAUACUAGAGAAGGUAGAAUAGUUGUUUCGCAAAAUACAUUAGAAGAUUUCAAAAUGAGGAACCUUUAUGGGGUCACUGUUUUUUGUAUUCAAAGGGCCAAGCCUCAUUUAGGGGAAAAUUCAAAAUUAUAUAGACUUAAGCUUGAGUACUCGAAAAACGAAUAUUCAGCUGAAUUUUAUUUGAUCAAUCCUUUACUAAAAGUAAAGAAUAGAGAAUGGUUUCAAGAAGUAAAAGAUAUUGCAACGACUAUUCUUGCUGCAAUUUUAGAAAGUACAGAAAAAGUGAUAAUUUCAAUUGAUAUUGACUUUAUGAAAGACGAAAGAAACCAGUUUUGGGUUGCCUAUGUGUGGAAUUGUAAACUAGUUCCUUGGGAUAUUUUUAAAGAAGAAAAUUAUGACUUCAAAAGCACUUAUAUAAGAAUGGACUCAAAGAUAGAUUUAGGGAAUAAGUUGAAAAGAAGAGAUGAUAGUCUUAAUAAAUUUGGAAAUAAAAAGAAAAAAUUGUAUCAGUUUAGGGUGAGAACGCCGGAGGAUUCCGUGAGUAGUGAAGAUGAUGAAUAUGAGCAUGGCUGAUUGAAUUUAUAGUAUUUUAUAUUAAAUUUAUGCUAGGGGUAUAAAAUAUUUAUCAGGAGAUAAAUCCUAUUAGUUAAGAUAUAAAAAAAAAAUUCAAAAAUAAAAUUAUUAGGGUCAGCAUUAUUAAAUGGAGUUUUAGCUGUCGAGCCAAACCUUGAGAGUAGAGACUCAAGGAAAAGAUUUGCAAUGGGUGGAAAUAGUGUAGGAGGAACCUUAAGUGAUAGGUCACUAAAACACAAAAGUUCCCAAAAUGUGGACUCUACUUAUGAAAUUAAUCCGCAUUUUUUAGAGCUUCUAUGCAAAACGAGAGGAAAAAUUAAUUCAAUUAAAGAAGGAAAUUUUUUAAGCUUAAGACAUGAAGAAGAUAGUGAAAUUGAUAGAGAAAAAGAAAAAUUACUAAAAGAAAUAGGGGAGGAAGAAAAAAUUCCUAAUAAUGCUCCAAAAAUAAUACCGUUUUUAGCAAAUCUAAUAAAAAAAGAAAAAGAAUCCGCAAAUAAGCCUAAAUCUGACCGAACACCGCCAAGAAGUAAUAUUCAAAUUACCCCAAAGCUAGAUUUCAAAAUAUUUAGCCCUGCAGCUGCAAAAAAACUGUCUCCAAUUGAUAAAAAACCUCAGUCAUCAGCUCGCCAAAAGAGAUUGAGAAGAAUUGAAACAAUGAAAAUCAGAAAAAGUGCAACAAUUACAAAGAACACUACGUCCGCUACACCAUUACCAAGGGCAAGUCUUCCUUCCAAGCUAUUAUUAACUCCUACAAUGAGUUUAAACAACCUUUCUCCAAAACUGACUACACCACAGCCAAGUCGUUCGCCAACUCUCCGAUUUAAUUUUACUUAA